AUGCGCCCGCCAGCCCCUUCCUCCUGCCUGCAGCCAUCUCUGCCCCGUGGUCACAGCCCGCCGCCAGCCCCCUUCCCGGUCCCCCCACGUUCAUCUACCCCUCGAAUUGCCCCCCGGGGCAGCGCCCAGCCCCGCGGCCCCCGCUGCCAGGGGAAGCCACGGGCCUCAGUUUCCCCCUGGUACUCCCGGUUUCCCCAUGGGCAGCACCCACAGCCGCCCUUCCAGCAGCCCAAGGGAUGCGGGCAGGAGGGUGGGACGCCCCUCGCCCUGCAAAACGAUGCCCUCGGGUGCCUGCUCUGCGACGCUGGCUGGGAUGGAGGGGGGGUACGGGUGCCUCUGCCCGCUCGGGCAGUGGGCUGGAGGCUUGCGGCAGGGACGUCUGGGGGCACGGGAGUGGGGCGGCCGGCAGGGAUGUGCACGGGCAGGGCCAGGUUGCCAGGGCUGGGUGGGAUGCUCCCAGACCACAGGGGUGCUCCCAGGCUGAUGGGAAGAUCCAAAGCGGAUGGGGUGCUUGAAGUGGGUGGGAUGCUCGAGCUGGAUGGGAUGCUCCGAGGCCAGCGGGAUGCUCCAAGGCGGAUGCGGAUGGGAUGCUCGAGACCAGCAGGAUGCUCAAGGCAGAUGCGGAUGGGAUGCUCGAGGCCAGCGGGAUGCUCCGAGGUGGAUGUGGAUGGGAUGCUUGAGGCCAACGGGAUGGUCCAGGCUAGCUGGAUGCUGCCGAGGUCGUGCCACCACCCGCAGAAGCAAGGCUGGCCUGUUCCCGUCCCCCCUCCGUGCAUGUCCAGCAGUUCCCUCUGCCCGCAGCCCCCUCCGGCCCCGCUGCCGGGCAGGACCCAGCGUGCCAGCCGUACCCGAGGUGUACGUGCCCGCCGAAACGCUCCCCACAAUAAACACACUGUGACUCCCGGCCCUGCUUGUGUCUGCCCGCAGCCGCCGUCCGCCCAGCUGCGGCUGGUGUCCCCUGCCCGGGGGUCCCGCUCCGGCCGGCAUCCCGCAGCACCCCUUUCCUUGCACAAGCCCCAGUGA